UUACACACCGAACACAAAAGAAAAAAGAGAAAUAAUCAAACAAAGGUGCAAAUGUCGGUGGAGCAACAAACAGAUGCACAAACACCAUCCAAAUUUGUCUAUGAAGAGUUUCAACCACCCUCUGAUUGGGAUCAUGAUAAAGAAAGUGACACGCUUAUUCUUAUGCUUCCAGGAUUUCGAAAGGAUCAACUGAGGGUUCAAGUGAGCUCAAAUCGUGUCCUAAGGGUAUCUGGUGAAAGAAAGAUAAGCGAGAACAAAGGGCGUCGAUUUCGCGUAGAAAUUCCUGUUUCUGAAACCAAUGAAACCAAUGGAAUCACUGCCAAAUAUGAAGCUGGAAUGCUAUAUGUAAGAAUUCCCAAAGUGAUGAAGCCGCCAGCAACAGCAACAACAACAACACCACCAACACCAACACCCACACCAACAACAACAGCAACACCAACAACAACACAAGAACCGUCUGAUGAUCACACACAAAAUGCUCAACCUUCUGAAAUUGACAAAGCUGCAGAACAUUCCAAGGCUGAGCCACAAACACAACCUCAUGAACCUAAGGCAGAAAAAGAAAAAGGAGAAGAUUCUCAAAAGGAGAAGCACAAAGAAGAAGAAACAGAUACCAUUAAUAACAAAACUUUUACUGAUAAAGUUCAGGAAACUACACAACAAACACCAUCCCUGGAACAGAAAGAAGAUCAUGAAGAAUAUUCUCGAAAGAAGUCAAUGAAGGAGAAUGGUAAAGUAGAAAAAGAUGCCAAUGCAGCUAUAGCAGAAGCUGUGAGCCCUAAAGCUGAGGAAAAAAUGCAUGGAACUAGUACUCAUCAUGAUGAGUUGGGUAAGAGUAGUUUUGUCAAGAUGAUCACAAUGUCAUCUAUCAAGGCCAUGAUUUGUGGUUUGGUGGAUGAAGUUAAAAAGCAAAACAAAUUGCCCCAUGUUGUCGCUGCCAUCUUUCUUCUGUUGAUGACUGUGCUCUACAUUAAGAAUGUAGUCAAGUCAUCUUUUGGAGGACCCAAAAGCCAUGAUGAGUUUUAG